GCCAAGUUCCAUCCUGCAGUGGUUCGAGAUUUGUGCCGGUGCUCUUACCAGUCACCCUCCGGUUUUUUUUAGCCUACCAUGCGGACUUCGCAAUGUCUUUUCAACUCGGCCAACGCCCUCCGUAAUGUCUUCAUUGGUAAUGCGAUAGCAUUAGAUGCUCAGGCACCAGGGGAGCUGCAGCGUCUACUGCUGCCCAGCGUGCGCCCUUUCUUCCAACCCUCGUGCUACUCGCCAUCGCCGCGGCGCUCUUUUUCCACUCACCAUGUGGCUCAGCUCCGCUGGAGCCGUCCAGCUCCGGGUUCGGGAGAUGCCAAACCCGCAACCGACCGCUCCAUGCGCGAUUACGACAUUCUUUACCCAUGGAUCCAACUGCGUCAGGAGGACGGCUCACUCACACAACCGAAACGAACAACAAAUGUCCUCAAAAAACUCAACAUGGAGAGCCAGACGCUCAUCCUUCUAGCCGCUCCGAGGACAGACGAUUCGUCCAAAGGCCCGCAGUAUCCCAUCUGCCGCAUCGCCGAUCGCAAGGUCGAGCAGGAGAAGGAGGACGCCAACAAGAAGAAGGGCCCCAAACUAGUGUCCAAGGAGUUGGAGUUGAACUGGGCUAUCGCGCCCCACGAUCUGCAGAUCAGGAUGGCGCAGCUCAAGAAGUUCCUCUCGAAGGGGUACCAGGUCCAGGUUAGGAUGCUGACCCCAAAGAAGAGGAACAAGAGGAAAGCUACGUUGGAUGAGGCGAAGGAGGUGUUCAGGAUCGUAAAGGAAACGGUGGCCGAGGUACCCAGGGCGAAGGAAACCAAGGGAAUGGAGGGAACGGUAGGAGACGUCGUCAUUUUGCAUCUACAUGCGCCCGCUGGGGGCGCAGAAGCCGAAGAGGCGUCGACGGUGACAGAAGCCGAGAAACCCGCUGCGACCGAGGUGUAGGGCUUCGAUGAUGCGAUGUUCGUGUAUUGUACAAUAUGUCCGUCCUUCCUCCCGUCACUCUUGAUGGUAGAUUCCGUGCGCUCUCAUUAAGCCAAGGGAAGGCGUCUUAUACCAUGAGUAUUGUGAGAUAGAGUCGUGUGCCUUAAAUUAUUCGAGGUGGGUAGUAUUGUACAUACGUCACGGUCGUGAAAGAAAAGCGUGCUCGAACCGGUUCUGGCUUUGUUGUGAGUGGUUUGAAGCUCUCAAGUCUCCAGGACUUU